GAUUUGUUUAUAAGCUAAAACAAAACUGUGAUGAUCAGCUACAGACUCCAUGCCUACAGGUGUGCUUAUAUGUCAUGACAAGCCGUGUUGCUUGUUUAACUUUCAUUUUUUCAGAAGUCACGCCCAUGUGGUGAGUCAGGAUGGAAUUCCCGUGUAACGGCAGCAGUUCAUCCUUCCCUUCAUGUUGAGCAGUCAUCUUGCUCAGUGUGUCUGAAGAUGCUGAAGGUGCCACUCAUCCUCAGAUGAGGACACCACUGUCUGGACUCUAUUAAGGGCUCGUCAAACUAGGCCGACACAGAAGGGAUUGACAACGUCAUUGGUGCAAGUGGUCAUUUAAUACGAGGUGUGAGAUUCACUGAGAUGUUUCAGAGAAGCUAAAAGACACAAAAGUCAGUGUCACCAUCUCAGAGUUCUGAACUGAUGAUGUGCUCUGCAGUGUGUGAAUGAGAACAAGGAAGGCUGUUAAGAUCUAUCUGACCUGUGUGGCUUCUUACGGUGAGAUCACAGCAGUCUGAAGGCUUCAGAACACACAAACAAGAGGAGCUGAUUGGGAACCUGGAAGGGAAAAUCUGCAAAAAUAAACAUCAGGAAGCCCUGCUGAGAACCCAUGAGACCUGCGUCUGUUCAGUCUGGUGAGCACAGGAGUCCUGGCACAGAGACAAUGGAUGAAGAAAGAGCUCGGAGGCAGAGUCAUUUGGAGUACAUGAGGGCAGAAGUAAAGAAAAGAAUUCAGGAGAAAGAGAAGAAACUGGAGGAGAAGCAGCAGACAUUACUAAGCAUGGGGAUCGUUCAGAGUAUGAGGUCAGAGAUCCCCGGGUCUAUGGCAGUUCAAAAACUGAGGAAAGUGAGAAAGACUAGAGAGCUCAUUGAGCGACUGCAGAAGGAGAUCAAGGUGCUGAAGAUGCGAGAUGCUGAACUGGAUGAGCGACCACAGACAGAGAACAACAUCCACUUCCUCCAGAACUUCUUGUAUUUCUGUGUUCCUCCUGGAGAUGAAAACCUCACUGGGAUCCCCAAGAUUCUGCAGACUCAGAGUCCAAAAGAGAAUGGCAACCAGGAGUUUCUGCAGAUGAAUAAGACCAGGGUCAACACUCCAUGCUAUCGCCUUCAAAAUGUCAGAGAAAGAGAUCAACUUUUGCAGUACUCCUGCCCGCUCAACUUGGACCCCAGCACAGCUAACAGAUGGCUUCAUCUGUCUGAUGGAAACAAGAAGGUGACAUUUGGGGCAACAGUGUCCUCCUAUCCUGACCAUCCCGACAGAUUUGACUGGUGGUUCCAAGUUCUGUGCAAAGAGGCUCUGUGUGGGACCCACUGUUACUGGGAGGUCGAGUGGAGUGGAGAGAAGGUCGAGAUUGGAGUUGCAUAUAAAGGAAUCAGCAGGAAAGGAUAUGAUUACCAGGGUCUAUUUGGACGCAAUGACAAGUCCUGGAGUUUGUCCUGCUCUUAUUCCAGUUACACUGCAUGUCACAAUAAGACAAAGACUCAAAUCACAGCCCCUAGCUGUGGUAGAAUAGGUGUGCAUCUGGACUGUCCCAAUGGUGCUCUGUCCUUUUAUAGCAUCUCAGACAGAAUGACCCUCCUGCACAGGUUUGGUAUUUUCUCCACUGUGCCUCUCCAUGCUGGGUUUUGGGUUGCUCCAAACUCCAGUGUGACAAUCUGCUCUCUGAACCCAUGUGAUCACUGAUUGGUGGCGUCUGCAGGGCACGUCAUGUCUUCUGUCACAACUGUGAGCCCACUUUCAUUGCAUAGACAUCAAGCUAAAUAUCCUUGGACAUUAGGUGGCCCCUUCCUUAACCCAAAUUUCAUCUUAGUAUUCUCAAUGACCACAAAGUGGCGCUCUCUUAAUAGUUUAAAAUUUAAACUGAACCCAAAAUACAAUAACAUGUAAAACUAUGGGUGCAAAUGUCACAAGAGUCAACUCCAUAUCAGCCAGAAUUUGAAAUCCUAAUUCAGUCUGUAGUCAUUAAAAUAGCGAGUGUGAAUCAGACUUCAGUAAUGACGGAUAAACUCAUCUGAAUUUUGUUCUCCCUUCUUGACUCUGGUCUGGUUUUGUAUUCAUUCAUUGUUUUCUUUUCUGUCUUAAUUUCUUGUAUAAUCAGCCACACAUUUCUGAGAAUUUUGUUUUGAUUGGCUGGACUGCCUUCCGCAGACACAUGUGAAAACCUGGAGAUCACAGUGGUCAAGUUUCAGCCUCGAUCAUUCUGUUUCAUUGUUUUU